UGCCAAUAUUAAACCAAACCACAAUUCUGCAUCAACAGUUUCACACGAGAAACAAAUGGAGAAGUCACAAAUUCAAAUUUAAACAUUAUCUAGCCCCAUUUAUUGAAACUCAAUUUAGCGCCAAUUCAUACUGGUAAUCCUCAAGAUGCAGGCGCAAUACCGUUCCUAUCAACAAGGGACUCCUUCACGAGCAUCUCAUGCUGGUGGUAAUAGAAGAGGUAUAGGUAUGUAUGAUCUUACUAUAUGUUUUGCGCGCUGCCAUCUCACAUGCAUUAGUUUCUUUCUUAACAACUUAUACUUUGCGAUUAAUCUACCAUUCUUUCACUCGGCCAUUCAUACGGCCAGAACUUUGCUAUGCAUUGCUUAAAACUUGCACAGUCAUACAUUUGUAUUCUUGGACUCAACUAAUGCGCAAUUGUAGCACCUGCGGCCGCUGCACAAACUAGAGAACAAAUGUCGCAACAGCAAUAUCAACAGCAGCAACAGCAGCUUCUAAAGCAAAAAGAAGCGGCAAAGAAACGAGCGAGCGAACCUACAGAUAAAAAUAUACCAGAUGGUGUAGAGGAUGUGAUUAUUGGAGAUGGUGUGCAGAGAUAUAGAGAGCUGAGGGAUAUUGAGAGGAGGUUAGAUGCGACAAUGACGAGAAAGAGAUUGGACAUUCGGGAAAAUGUGGACAGGAAUGUUAAGGUUUGUUAUCGAAGGUAUGGAAAAUCCGAGCAACGCUGAUUGUCUAUAGAGACAUCGAACUUUGAGAAUUUGGAUCAGUAAUACGGUCGAAGAUCAGCCUUGGCAAUCGGAUAAUACUCUGGAUGUGGAUGCUUUUGAUUUUAGCACGAAUAUGGACUCUUCGUUCCGGGUCAAGAUCGAGGGAAGAUUACUGGAUGACGAUGAGGAUGAUAGUGAUGAAAGUGACGACGAAGAUGCAACUGAGGAAGAUGGAGCCGAUUCUAUGGAUGUGGAUAAGAAGAAGAAGACCAAGGGUCCGGGAAGACUUUACAAAUUGUCACAUUUCUUUAAAUCUAUGACAGUUGACUUCGACCGAAAUCAACGAACAAAAGAUGGAGCAGAUCAGAGCGUCGAGUGGAAGAAACCUAGCGUUGCGCCAAAUUCCAAUAGCCUGCCGGCAGCUGCAGACUUUGACCAAUUGGAAUUCAAGAGGUCAGGCGAUGAAAAUUGCAAUAUUGUCAUUAACCUGGUUCGCGAUGAGACACCCGAGAGAUUUCAAUUAAGUCCUGUUCUCGCAGCUAUCUUAGAUACUAAUGUUGGUACUCGUGAGGAAGUCACAAUGGGUAUUUGGAGUUAUAUCAAAGCUAUGGGACUUGCAGACGAUGACGAGAAGAGAACUUUUGAGCUUGACGAGAGACUUAAGCCGGUAUGCUGAUUAUUUAGUCCCUCUAAUUGUACCGAACUAACACAACAUAGCUUUUCUCAGGUCGAGAAAAAGGAUAUUGGCCCCAACUUGGUGAUGCCAUCAUAUCUCACACAACAAUUCUUCAGCCAGUGCGACUUCACUACACCGUCCGUGUAGAUAAAGAAUUCCACGAAAAUCCUCAACCAACCAUCUACGAUGUCCAAGUAACUGUUGAGGACCCUCUGAAAGCCGCCCUCGAAGCCGCCACCAGAAACCCCGCUUACGCUGACAAUCUCCUUGAACUUUCAACUCUAGAUAAACAGCUGGCGGUCAUUGUCCGAGCAAUUGCCAAUUCCAAAUCAAAACAGUCAUUCUUUGAAGGUCUUUCCAAAAAUCCUACAGAGUUUAUUAGGAAAUGGGUUAGUUCCCAAAAGAGAGAUUUGGAGAUCAUUGCUGGGGAUGGAAUGAGAGGUGGUGGAGAAGAUGCUACGAGUGAUGAAUGGAGAAAGGGUGGUGCGGAUAGUGUUUGGGGAAGUAAUAAUGUGAAGGAACUUGCUGCUUUGAUGAUUAGUACGGGUAAAGUCAGGACAGUAUAGGUUAGGUUAGGAAGGUAAGGGAUCGAGAUAGAGGGUUCGGUUUUAACUAUGAUAUCAAGAUGAUUGGAGGGAGUUAGGAUUCAACGGAAUGAAAAGAUGUUCUGUUUGUGUGUAAUAAUUAUAAUACGCAUAAAGUUGGGAUCGGCAAAGAUAGUGGAUUAAAAUGAUAAAAGAGAAUAUAUAUCAGCA